CAUUCAUACCGAAUACUUUUCAGAGCCAAAUUUCUCAUCACUAAAAUUUUCGCAAAGCAACGCGCCCGCCAUUUUGAAGUAUUUAUGUUAAAUUUUACCAAAUCGCCGAAGAAUUUCGGAAAGUUUUGUGUUUUUUCCAAUCAAAUCCCAGGUGGAAUAUAGCUGAAAAUAAGAAGAUAAUUAUCUUAAAUUGUGCAUGGUAUAAACAAUUGUUUAAAUAAUAUGAAAAAGCGCAAUAUUCUUGAUGAGUCGUUUUGUGAGGAGUCUCCAGUCGAAAUGGGCCAAUCCCUUAUAAAGAAGAGGUGCUACGACACCAAUGUUGAAGCGGCAGGUGUAAGCCAAGUUUGCUCUCCGAGUGAUGAUAUAAACGCGAAGCUGGACAUCAUUCUUAAUAACCAAAAAGCCAUAUGGGAUACUUUGCAGACAAGCAUCAAUAACCAAGCAAAGUUGUCAACAAAUCAGGCGGAGCUGGAGAAGAAAUUCAUAUCACUCCAAAUGAAUGCAGUCGAAAACGCGGAAUUUCUCGCUCUAGCGAAAUCAGCACGCGAAAUAACGGUAUCGGUGCAAAAUAUAGAAAAGGAAGUUUGGCGUAUGACGGGCGAAGCAUGUGACAAAAUUAUGAAUGAAAUUGCCAGCAUGUUGCCCUGCUCCGCAUAUACCCCGAUCGAGGUAUUAAAGGCCAAGGAGUAUGUGAAAGCAAUGACCACAUACUUGUACAAAGUCAAAGGCGUAUCGGACGACGUUGGCGGUGUUUUCAAAAAGCUUUUCACCGAUGAGUCCUUGGCUGAAUUUAAUUGGGAAGGGAGGUGGGAGAAGAAAGCCUUGAGAGAACUAACGUUAUUUGAGCAUGUUUUGCGCGACGUUUUCAAUAAAAUGACCUCCAAGGAGUUCGAGCACGCGGUUAAAAAGCAAGUGGAGCGGAGUCAUCAUCGUCUUCAUCAAAAAAAAUACGACUCCAAGAAAAGCGACAAAAAAUAAUGUAUGUAAAUAAUUCAUAAUUACAAUAAUUA